AUGCUCAGGCUGAAACGCACCUUGGUUAAGCGAGGCUGCGUGGGGAAGGAGCCCUGUAGGUCUCGGAAGCUCGGCCAAGUCCAGCUAGCCCGAUCCACGACUUCAGGCGAGACUGAGUCUCGCCACGGUCGUCAACGUGCAGGUCAACGUGUCCGGCGGGCGUAUCGAAUUGAUGAGAUCCACGAGCCCGCGACAAGCUCAAAGCUAGGCCCAUAA